AUGACAGAGAAGCCUCCAUCGAAAGAUGCCUCCCCCGCCGCCUCUUCCAAGGCGGCGGGCAAUCCAGCGCUUCGAAUGAUGGGACUACCAAAUUUCAAAUUCAAGCUACCCUCUCGCAAUUGGCUUAUCUUUGGGACGAUAACUGGCUCCUUCACUUCGACGCUUCUGUAUGACCGCUAUCACAAGAGGAAAGCGCAGCGAAAAUGGUGCACCUUGGUCUCCCAUCUCGCACAAGAACCUUUGCCUGUCAACAUGAUGCCCCGGAGAAUCACCAUCUUUCUGACCGCGCCACCUGGGGAUGGACUUCGAGUAUCUCGAGACCAUUUUCAUGAGUAUAUUAAGCCUAUAUUGGUGGCUGGAGCUAUGGAUUGGGAUGUCGUUGAGGGCCGCAGAGAAGGAGAGGUAAGGGCAGGACUUGCGGAGAAGAUAAGAAAACUUCGAAAACGAAAUGGCGAGACUUCGCAAGCUGAGUCUAGUGAAGAGAGCCAAGAAGAUUUGUACCAGGAAAUGCGGAAAAUGGCUGGAAUCAAGGAUUGGGAUGGCGUGCAGGGCGAUCUGGUUCUGGGCAGACACACCUGGAAGGAGUACAUACGUGGUCUUCACGAGGGCUGGCUAGGACCCUUAGACGAAGUUCAACCUCCCGAACCAGAAACAACAGAUCUACAACCGCUGGCACCUCACUCUCCAGACUCCCCCCUUCCAGAGAUGCCAGCUUCAGGAACACCCUCCUCUUCUCCACCCCAAACCGACCCACCAACGCCCGAACUUCCGUCUGAAAAGCCUACUGGAAAGCCUGAAAAUACCACCCAUCACGCCUCCUUACAUUACGCCUUUCGAAUAUGCGUCUUCGCGAGCGGCUCCCACGCUCCCUACUUCCCUCUCCCCAUCACUGCCCCUCUAGUCCUCGCAUCUCAUUCACGCCCAUUUACCCAAUCCACCGACUUCGCUUCUGCCACCGACCCAGACGACGAUGCCUCGCCCAGCAUGAAUGACCAGACUGAAAGUGCUGUCACGCAAAUAAAAGAAGUGUGGGAGCAAGAAGUGGUAUUAAGGGAGGAAGAGUCAGAGUGGCAUAAGAGCGCUUGGAAGUCAAAUGAGGAGGGAGAUAUGAGGGAGAGAGUGUGGCAGGAAAGGAUGGUUGUUGACGGAAGGAUUGGGAGUAGGAUGAAAUGUUUCGAACUGAGAAAUGGUCAAGAGGAAGAGGCGGCGAAGCUCGAUGCGGCAAAACGACAAGAGGAUGAAGGAUAUGUAGAGAGGGCAAAGAAGUGGGCUGGCUUGGGUUCAAAAGAGAAGCCUGGGUGGGAGACGGGUCUUGAGGGAGAUGAAAGCGCGUGA